AUGUCGGCUCUUCCUGAGCGGCAGAGGAGGCUCCUGACUGCCUUUGGUUAUGUCCAGUGUGACCUUCUGAGAGAAACAGAUGGAAAGGGAUGCCAGAUCAGUGGCCUCCACAAGUCUGGAGGAAUCAACCAUCAAUUUCUUCUGGAACGGAGAGACCCUUCCCCUCCUCCUCGCCCCAGAGACAGGGCUUGCCUGCUGGAAGAGCGGUUAUACAGCCAGGAGAGGACCACGGCUUUCCUCCUCCAUCAGGCUUUCCGAAUCAAAGACGACAUCAUCUCCUACCUCCAGGGAAGCAAAGGUUAUCAGCACGGGGAGAGUGCUGACCAACAGCUGCUGGAAAACCACAUCCAGACCAUUACCAGCAUCGUUAAAAAGCUCAGCCAGGACAUUGAGGUUUUGGAGAGGCAAAUAAGAACAAGGGAUGGUGCUGCAGUGGAAACUAAUUUUGCAGUUCAAAGUCUGGAUCAUAAAUAUAUCCAGGGUCUUGGAGACCUGCGUGGAAGAGUGGCAAGAUGCGAGGCAAGCAUUGCGAAGCUGUCGGGAGACAUCAGUAUUAUCAGGCGCGAGGCCCAGAAGACUGAUAAAGAGAUUUAUGGCCUUCACUCUGCCCUUAAAAUUUAUGUUGGAGAUUUUGAGAAGAAGGUAAUGCAGCUAUUAGACAAGAUAGAGACUUCCAACUCUGAUCAAAGCUCAAAUUUAAAGACAGUCCCGGGAGAUCAACAUCACGAACUGCAACUUCUGGAUUUCAAGUUGACAAGUAUUCUAAGUGACUUCAGGGAUCAGAUACAGACUCAUCAGAAGCGGACAGAAGCGCGGUUGACACGAUCUGAAGAAGAUCAAGCCCAGCACAGGCAUCAGCUGCUUAACUGGGUGAAGGAGAGACUGGAAGGCACAGAAAAAAGAGUAGAAGAAAAGCUCCUACUUCUGUCACUAAAGCUAGAACAAAUAGAUAAACCACAGAAAUACAAAAAGCAGUUGAACCAGAUGAAAAGCGAUGAAAAAAACCUGCACGCGAGAAUCACCAGAUUUGAAAGACAGAUUUGGAAGGAGCUUGAGGAAAUCCAAAAUGAAUACAGAUCAGGAUUUCAAUCCAUUCGUGAGUCUCUGGAGCUGCUCAAACAAAUACAGAAUACAAAGCUGAAACUUGAAAAAAAGAAAAUUCAGAAAGACAUUAAAAAGAAACAAUGA